AUGAUUGGGCUUCUAGCCCUCACCUCCAUUCCAACAGUGACAGGUGUAGCUCUCGCUUCCAGCGAGCAGCGCAAAGCAAACCAGCGCAAAGAAGAAGCCCGUCGCAUGGUGAAGUUCAACAUCGUGGCGGAAUGCGAUGGGGACACGGAUGAUGACCGCAAAUUAAACGGGAUGACUGUUGUUGUAAGAGAUGAGAAGGUCUACCUCGCCAACCCAGAUCCCUCCAAACGAUCCCCGCCAGCUUUCACGGCCUUGGCUUUCUACAUCGAGUAUCCCGAACCAGAGGAACUAAAAUACCUCAAGCGUGAGCGUGGCCUCGGCCUCCCAACCUACGUCCAGGACAAUCCGCCCCUUCUCAACUGGAUCUAUGCAGAUACCGAAACGUAUGAGUUGCGAUACGGGAAUCGGUCGCAAAGUGUGGAGCAGCUGGUCGAGCCGUGGGACUGGUGUAAGAACGAGAAGUUUAUUUCGCUUGAAGGGAAGCAGAAUGCUUUCAUUGCGGUUGAAGAAGAGGAGGGGGAAUGGGCGCUUCAUUUUGAUCGAGAUGGCGAUGAGCUUGCGGGCGUUCUAGGGGAGCAGGGAUUGCUGGAUUGUGCCUUUGUGCCUGUCAAGUUGGCCAGGAAGGUCGUUGAGGAAAGGCCGCCGCCACCUUCAGCUGCUCAGGCUCCAGCUCAACGGAGUCAGGGAAAUGGUCAGAGUCAGAAAUAG